ACAUGUAUCCCUAUGCAGCUGUGGUAAUAGCAGUGGGACGCAAACUCAUAGGCCACAGAGGAAAGUUAUGGUUAAUAUUUGAUGGACAAGCAGUCGUUGGUGGGACGAGGGCAGGCUGGCUCUUCUACCCUGGUAUCCCAGAUAGGUAUUGAUUGGUGUAGCGCGAGGAAGUGUCGCCUAGCAACACAGCACGGGACGGCCACAGAGCACCAUCUCGCGCAUUCAUUUUGUCGUCUGCUUUGCGACAAGUCGUGUCGUCUGCUUUGAGGCGAAAGGUAGCAGUCGGGAGAUACAGAAGACACCUUGGAACCUGUUUGCCCGAAAACGUCAACAUGUCGAUUUUAAUGAACGCACAACACUUGAGGAAGAUGAGACAGAAGGCGGCAGAUGUCAGAAGUAAAAGUCAAACACAGCCGCAGGGAAAGACGGCGGCGGCGGCGAAGGCCAACAAGAUGCAGAAGAACUGGACAUUCCACAUGGAGGGCGUGAUCUUCAACAUCCUAUUUCACAAAACCUCCUUGGCGGUCUCGUGUAAUGGAAUAGAUAUCCCAACAUCUCACGAGUUCUACGAUGAUGGGGCUGUCAUCACUUUCACCCUCAACGACCACGUCGCACAGGUGAAGACGUCGGGCCACCCCAUGGACGGCAUCGUCUUCACGAUGACCAUUGAUGGACAAUUCGUCCCUAGCACAGAUGAUUACUGAGCUCGACAUCCCAUGGUCCUUUGCGCAUCGACACACAUCCGUUUCCUGUUUUUUUGUUAUUUUCAAUUUUGAAUUUUAAGUGUAAACCUAUCUUUCUUAUAAAGUUGCUCAGCGGCACGCUGAACUCCUUCCAACGUCUCCCGACAACGACAAAGGCACAAACAAGAUUGUUUUUAGGCGCAGUGACCAUAUUUAGAGCAUUGAUGACGAAUGUGCCGAGCGGGAUCCGAUUCCUCCUUUAUGACGAAACCUCAACUGAUCACAAACGUGUCCCGUUUUUUCCCUAACUCAGAAAUUCCUUAUGGCGUUCAAUCUAAAACCCAGUCAAACGAUGUGACGAUAUCUUAUGACAAAUAGAAAAUUAAAAACCUAAUCUUAAAACAGAAGGUCAAGUCCACCAUUUUGAUUUGUGUUGAUGGAAAGGAUCUAUAACACUUUAUGGCAAAAAGGUCUUGGUCGCAAUUUCGAACCUCGUUAAUCCAGACCCCGAUAUCCAGGAAACAACUCCGUUUAUACAAUCGAUUACGACUUCGACAUCAUUCCCAAACAUGUUGACGUUCCUCCAGCUCGGAGAUCCGUUAAUCCAGAGCAUGAUGACCGAAUGAUACGGAUAAACGAGGCUCAAGACCGUACCGGGACCACCUGUUCAGUUAAAAUGGAGUUGAUUGAAAGUUGACAUAAAGUGCCCAAAAGGAUCCCUCGUGAUAUGCUUCAAAAAGAAUAGAAUGGGGAGAAGCUGGCGUUGUUAUUUUUCAUAUUUUAAUGUGAUGUUGUCUUUUUGGAGAACGUAACACUUAUCAAUACUGCUGAACAAGCGAUAUACACAUUCAGGGCUGAAACCUGCUUUAUGAGAGCCCUGAACGAAUAGAUUAUUAACCUCGUCAGCCUAACUGCUUUUUGAUGAGUCUGAAACCAUUUUGGCGCCUUUGAAUGAAUAUGAUAAUUAAUGAUUACGUGAUUUGAUAAUUCUGGCGAAUGUCACGUGUUGAAUUGAACGGUCCUGUGCAUAUUGUCCCCAGUGUAGAGUGGUGUUAUGGUGUUUGUCAGAUUUAUCAGUUUCUAUUGGUCCAACACCUUUUUUUUCUCGCCACGCACCUGUUAACUUUGACAUUAACAAUACAACGAAAUAACUAUGGGUAUUCCUGUUGCAUUAAUACUUUCCUUCAGUACAUAUAGGUACACUUCAAUAUGUGCCUUUUUGUACUGCUUGAAAACACUUUCUCGUGGCCUUUCAUAGUUUAUUUUACCUUUGCAAGUACCAUGUCCAGUUGAUAUAUGUGUUGAAGUUAAAACAAAUUUGGCACAAGGUGCCAAGCUUUCGUAACUGCUCGUGUCAUUCCGUAACAGGUUACGGAAAGGGACGAGUGGUGACGAAUGGGUGUCAAUGUCACGUAUGUUUGCAAACCUUUUGCUCUGUAUGUCUGCGUGAACAGACUUGUGUCAGAAACAUGGUAUGUUGUAAUAUUCUAUGUUAACACCGUGGUGAUUCCAAUAGUCUUUUACAUAGUAUACACUUUUAUUCAACGGCCCAGUCGGCAGCAAUUACUGAGAAACGACUCGCGAAGCUCAUCCUCGAUUAUCAAGGUGUAUUAACUCCUUCACAGACAUCCCUGCCCCGUCGCUACUGUUACACCAAGCCUUACUUUUCCAGUUCCAACCACAUGAUGUUAAAAAUAGCCGUCCAAUCAAAUUACAUUCAUGUGCGAAAGAAAAUCUGUGGAAGGUUACUGAUAGGAGAAGGAUGUGUUGUCACGUUCCAAGAAGAUCGACAAGCAGAUGGGUCCAGGGUAUAUUUGGUAAUGGACAGGAGGUAAAAUACCCUCCAUUAUCGAGGAUGAGUUUGAAUAUCCUUAGCAUUGAUUUUGUGGUUUUGCUAUGUAGAAGCAGUCACGUGGUUCAGUUACUACUGAUUCAAACGCAUUUGGGAAAUAUUUUGACGUAAAAGGUAUAACUUAUUUUUAAGAUUUGUAAAGAUAAUGAAUGUGAAAAAAAACGAAAUAAGAUUACUUUGGAACACUCUAACAUCUGUGUAGCAAUCUCAUGUUGCCAAAAACAGAGUCGAACCCAUGCUUGUGAUUAUAUUGUUAUUUAUUGGUUUUACUUGUUGAUCGGUUUGUUUUUUAAUGUGUUCUAUAAACUUGUUGUACACAUGGUGUCUUUUACGUCAUUAUUGAGUUUUCAAACAGGCACUGUCGGUUAUAACUCCUAUUUGAAUUUCUAAGUAGUUUAAAGGAUCUAAGUCUGAGAUCUGUACGGCUUUAAGAUAAUCCUUGUGAAAAUGUCGACCUCAUCGGUGGCGUUAUUCACAGUAUAAUGUCUAUCUAGUAUAUACACAUCUCACAGACACACGCACGCACCCACGCGAGGGUGCAUUAAUCCAUAUCACUAAAGGAUCAGGAAUAUCGAGCUUGCUUAGUCUUAUCCUUACUGGGGCAGUGGGGUAGCCUAAUGGUUAAAGCGUUCGCUCGUCACACCGAAAACCCGGGUUCUAUUCCCCACAUGGGUACAACGUGUGAAGCCCAUUUCUGGUGUCACCGUCAACGCUUUUGUUAGAACGUUGCUACGAGCGGCGUAAAACCCUUCUCACUCACUAUUCCUUACUCAUGCAUUUAAAUACAGAUACAUACAACAUACAGAUAGUCUUGCCUCACUCAUACAUAUAUGACACAAAGAUGUUUACACAAACACACAUUUCUCCCUCGUUAUAAGGCUGUUGUCUCCAUGAACCGCUGACUGUGAUAUUCUCGACUUCAGACAACUGAAAUUCCAUUGAUACGAAUGUAAGGUGGUAUAUAUUUGAAAUAUAUACUACGCACAGAA